UCAUGUGACAUAAUUGGACAGGUAAUUUCGCUUGUAGUACAUGUGGACUAGGGAGGGAAAUUAUCCGACUGAAAAAUCAUCAAAAAAGACAAAAUGAGUGCCCGAUUCAUUCCUCCUGAUAUACAGGAUAAUCCAACAGGAUGGGGUCCAUGUACUAUUCCAAAACAAUUCAAAGAUAUUCCUUAUCAACCAUUUUCAAAGGGUGAUCGUCUUGGAAAGGUAUCUGACUGGACAGGUGCAACAUAUCAAGAUAAACGUUACCUAGGAAAGUACAAUUCUCAGUUUGGAUCCGGUAACCAGUAUACCUACGUUCAUGAGCAAGAUGAAUCAUCCUUCCAGCUGGUGGAUACCUCCAAGGUUCAGAAGCCUAUCUAUAUGAGGAACAGGAUACGAUUCAACCAGCGUAACUUACGACGUGAGAGGGAACGCCGUGAGCAGCGUGCGACAGCCGGUAUGCAGUCUCUGACUAAAGCUCAGAAGGAGAGGCAGAGGCAGGUCAGGAGGUUGCAGAAACAAUACGGAGGUCGAAGGUGGCCAGAUAAGAACCAACAUAACCAGAUGAAAUCACGCAGUGCGUCUGUGCAGGUCCGCGGUGAGUGGGGAGUCAUUGAAGAAUUGGAUUUCCCUCGACUCAACAAGCUACGUCUACCCACCGUUGAAGAUCCUGAAGAUCUUGUUAAAUGUGGAGAGCUGGAGUACUACGACAAGAUGUUUGAUCGCGUCACCACUAAGACUGAAAAAAGACUAGCAAGGGUCAACAGGUUGUUCCACAAGGUCACCACCACCGAUGACCCUAUCAUUAGAAAGCUUGCUCCCAAGGGUAAUGUGUUUGCUACGGACAUCAUUCUCGCCAGUAUUAUGUGCUGCCCUCGCUCUAACUACUCCUGGGAUAUCAUUGUACAGCAUGUUGGUGGAAAGCUGUUCUUUGACAAGCGAGAUGAUUCAGAAUUCGAUCUGCUGACGGUGAAUGAGACAGCGAUGGAACCACCCCAGGAUGAGGGAACACACAUGAAUUCACCGCGGAACCUCGGCUUAGAAGCAACCUUCAUCAAUCAUAACUUCUCUCAACAGUGCCUCAAGAUGGGAGGUGAGAAGUUCAAGUUUGAGGUUGAUAAUCCUUUCAUCCAAGAUGAGGAAGAAUCAUUAGUUGCAUCAGUUGCAUACCGGUAUCGUAAGUGGAACAUUGGAGACGAUUUGAACGUGAUAGUCCGAUGUGAACAUGAUGGCGUGAUCUCAGGUUCAAACGGAGAGACACAAUUCCUGAACAUCAAGACUCUCAAUGAAUGGGAUACUAAGCAAAGCAGCGCAGAGGAAUGGCGCCAGAAGCUUGACUCACAGAGAGGAGCUGUUCUUGCUACGGAGCUCAAGAACAACAGUUUUAAGCUCGCCAAGUGGACUGUAUGCUCUCUUCUUGCAGGGUCGAAUUUCAUUAAGUUUGGGUAUGUUUCCCGUAUCAACCCUCGUGAUUCCGCCAAGCAUGUGAUCUUGGGUUCUCAGCAGUUCAAACCCAGUGAGUUAGCAGCACAGAUCAAUCUCAACAUGGAUAAUGCUUGGGGUAUCCUAAGAUGUAUCGUUGAUAAAUGCUUCCAACUUAAAGAAGGAAAAUACCUCAUCCUCAAGGAUCCCAACAAGCCUGUGAUUCGCAUCUAUGACAUCCCUGAUAACACAUUCAGUUCUGAUGAGGAUGAAGAGGAUGACGAUACUGAUGAUGAGGAUGGUGAUGAUGAAGGUGAUGAUGAGUAAAACCAUGGACCACAUCAAUCACACAGAUACACAUCAAGUGUUCUAUAUCAUUAGUAGUUUGUUAAAUCAAAUUUUAAAUCAUCCCUAUCUUUUCCUGACUUUUGGUGUACCUUUUAUCAAUUGUGUUGUAGAUUA